AUGCCCAACUUUACAGAAUGGAAAGCCCGCAUCCGCCGUCGAGCGAAACCACACCCCAAAUUCCAGCCCCAUGAUGUCUAUUCCGCGACCCCGCUGACACCCAACACAACCCGCGUGAUCCGACUGCUACCACAACGUGAACCCACCACCACCCAAAUAAAAUGCGAGCUGUUCACCUACAACCUCUCGGGAAAACAAAGCGGGGAAAGACACCUCUACGAAGCCGUCUCAUACGUCUGGGGAACAGGCCCAAGAUGCCACUCCAUCACGCUCAACAACUGCGCCUUUCCCGUGACAGAAAAUCUCCACGCGGCCCUCUGGCACCUCCGAGACCAACAGCUGGAGCGGGUGCUGUGGGUUGACGCCGUCUGUAUCAACCAGGAUGAUAACAAGGAGAAGGAGAGGCAGAUCCCGCUUAUGCGCACCAUUUACGCGCAGGCCGGACGGGUGAUUGUCUGGUUGGGAUUGCCGUUGGAUGGUCAUGGUGAUCAGGCGCUGGGGAAUAUCCGGCAGGCUGGUGGGGAGGGACUGACUGUAAUGGAAGAUGAUUAUACGUCUGUGAUGGUGUUGUUGCGGAGGGAUUGGUUUCGCCGGAUGUGGAUCCUCCAGGAAGUAGGUGUUGCACGGUCGGUGGUUGUAAUGUGUGGAUCAGUCCAGAUAGACGGGCACGCCUUCUGUCAGGGUCUUGCUGGGAUGGAUCAUCUCCUCUCGGUCGAUCUACACUCCAUCAUCCACCCCGUCGUCCAGCUCAUCCGCGGCGCACCAUACCGACCAAAAUACCAGCCCGAUUCACGGGGUGUCUUUUCCAUGGGCGAGUUGCUGGACAUGUACCGCUCCUGCAGAGCCACCCUCCAGCACGACAAGAUAUACGCAUUGCUCGGCCUAAGUCUCGACGGCCUCGAUGCUCCUGCCUUACAGCCAAAUUACUCCCUGCCGUGGCAUGAAGUUUUCCAAAGGGCCACUGCGCAUAUUUUUGGCGCGUCAUGCACGGUGAAGACGUGGCCGGAAAGCCACACGGCAGUCAUCAGGGGAAAGUGUCUCUUCUUGGGGCAAAUCACAUCUGUUGAUCAGGAUAACAAUCAUGGAGACGGCCAGGUGCACGUAUGGGUCCACUGCACCACGGCCGCGCAGUCACUAGGGUACGGCGAGCAUGGAUGGGAUUGGGCUUUCCCGCCUUUUUCAGAGUCGGUCCGGGAGGGGGAUAUCGUAUGCCAUCUGCAGGGUGCGGUAAGGCCGAGCAUCGUUCGACUCUGCCAGGAUCACUUUACCGUCAUCAAAACCUCGGCACCGUCUACACCACCCGGGGAACCGGAUCGACAAUCUAAUCCAUCAGAGGAUCACCUCUCCAAUAUCGCCCUCACGUUCACAAUCCCCCCAGGGAGUUCAAACAACAGCUAUUAUGACGAGGCAGAACAAUCCACCGAACUACUCACCAUAACACCAUCCUACCACGAAGACCCCUCAACCGAAACAAAAAGACUACACAACACAGCAGCCCUCCUAGAGGACCGUUUCGUCCGCUCCCUCCACUACAACGGCAACAUGUCCCCAGCCCUGCAACAUCUCAUCUCCCAAUGCAGCCCCAAAGUCCCCAUCUCUGAACAACUCCUCCAAUCCGUCGUCUCAUGCCCAACCGGUGAACCGGUCCAAAUAAUGCAAAUUCUCUUCCAAAAACGCGGCGACAAACUCCCCAUAACAGAAUCCAUAGUCCGGGCUGCGGCGGCAAAUUCACGAUUGGGGUACCCAAUCCUACAGCUCCUUUUCCAAAAGCGAGGGGAAUCCCUCCCGGUUUCGGAACAGGUAGUCGUAGCCGCCGCGGGGAACACUGACAAGGGAUGUCAAAUCAUGAGUCUUCUCUUUGAACAACGGGGGCGGGGGCUUGUCAUCUCGGAAGAAGCGGUUGUGGCGGCCGCAGGUAACUAUUGGUCUGGACAUCAAAUCCUCCGUCUUUUCUUUGAACAGCGCGGAGACAACCUCCCAAUUUCUGAACGCGUGGUCGAGACCGCGGCGGGAAAUACUCGAUGCGGAUACGAGACCGUGAAAGUUCUCCUCCAGCAACGAAAAAGUCUACAAAUUUCAGACGGGGUGGUGACAAAAGCAGCGGGAAACCCCCGGCAUGGUCAUGAUAUCAUGCGCUUUCUUUUCGCGCGAGACGAAGACCUAGUAAUAUCUGAAAACGUGGUCAAGGCGGCGGCAGGGAAUGGAGGAAACGGAUAUGAGAUUAUGCUCCUGCUUCUCGAGAAGCGAGGCAAGCGCCUACCAAUCUCUGACGAGGUCGUCAAGGCGGCGCAGGCCAAUUCCUUGUAUGGACAUGAUAUUAUGCAACUUUUGGCUUCAGCUCAGAGCGUCUGA